AUGGGUGGUACUAGAGAAAAGAAAGUUCAAUACUUUGUCAAAUUAAGAGAAUUAUUAGAAGAAUUCAAAUCCAUCUUUGUUGUUGGUGUUGACAAUGUCUCCUCUCAACAAAUGCAUGAAAUCAGAAAAGCCUUAAGAGGUGAAGCUGUUGUCUUGAUGGGUAAGAACACCAUGGUUAGAAGAGCUAUUAGAGGUUUCUUAGCUGAUUUACCAGAAUAUGAAAAAUUAUUACCUUUCGUUAAAGGUAAUGUUGGUUUCAUCUUCACUAACAGUGAUUUAAAGACCAUUAGAGACACUGUUGUCGCUAAUGUUGUUGCUGCCCCAGCUAGAGCUGGUGCCGUUGCUCCAGCUGAUGUCUGGGUCCCAGCUGGUAACACUGGUAUGGAACCAGGUAAGACUUCUUUCUUCCAAGCUUUAGGUGUUCCAACCAAGAUUGCUAGAGGUACUAUUGAAAUUGUUUCUGAUGUUAAGGUUGUUGCAAAGGAUGCUAAGGUUGGUCCUUCUGAAGCUACUUUAUUGAACAUGUUGAACAUUUCUCCAUUCACUUAUGGUAUGACUGUUGUUCAAGUUUAUGACAAUGGACAAGUUUUCCCAUCCUCUAUUUUGGAUAUUACUGAUGAUGAAUUAAUCAGUCACUUUGUUUCUGCCAUCAACACCAUUGCUUCUAUUUCUUUAGCUGUUGGUUACCCAACUUUACCAUCUGUUGGUCACACUAUUAUCAACAACUACAAGAACGUCUUGGCUUUAUCUAUUGCCACUGACUAUACUUAUGAAGGUUCUGAAGCUGUUAAGGAUAGAUUAGCUAACCCAGAUGCUUAUGCUGCUGCUGCUCCAGCUGCCGCUGGUGGUGCUGCCGCUGAAGAAGCUGCUGAAGAAGCUGCUGAAGAAGAAGCUGAAGAAUCUGAUGAAGACAUGGGUUUCGGUUUAUUCGAUUAA